AAAAUAAAGUUUCUGAAGUUCAGCCGGGUAACCGAUGAACCCAAAGUUGUCAGUCCACUGAAAGUCUUCACAGGUUAAGCCCAUAAAGAGCGUGUUAUUCAUUGGUCUCAGUCAGUAGGAAAACGUCAAAUACAGUCAACCCUCCCCUCUUUGUAAAAGAAAGGGUCAAAGUUCACAGGAAGCUGGGGGGCUGCCAUUUUUUUCCUGCUAACAUGUUAGAUGCUAAAAAGACGAAGAGGGGUGGUCGUCGUUGAUUAUUUUUUAUUUACUUUAAACCCUUUGCACUGAGCCCUGCUCACUUUCUGGAUUCCUUAGUCCCGCGUCGUUUGCUAACACGUGUGGUUGGCAAAUAAAGACGGCAUGGAGCGAAUAACUGAGCAGUCGUGGAAUUCUUCUUACACAUACCAGGUGAGCAAGCAUAGCGCCGAGAUGCUACACAACCUUAACACACAGAGAAAAGAUGGAGGCAGGUUCUGCGAUGUGAUCUUGCGCGUAGGAGAGGAAAGCUUCCCUGCCCACAAGGCGGUUUUGGCGGCUUGCAGCGAGUAUUUCGAGUCUGUGUUCAGCUGUCAGACAGAGGACGACUGCGAGGCUAAAGAGCUCGAGAUGCAUACAAUCAGCCCCAAAGUUUUCAGAGACAUUCUGGACUUCGCAUACACCUCUAAGAUAGUGGUUCAUAUGGAGUGUUUCCCCGAGCUGAUGACAGCUGCUAAGUUUUUGUUAAUGCGGUCUGUCAUCGAGAUUUGUCAGGAGGUUAUCAAACAAUCUAAUGUGCAGAUUCUCGUGCCCCCGUCGCGCGGUGGAGACGUCAGCUUUUUCAGGGCGACUGGGAACGCGGACCUGUCUUUUUCUGUGUCCAGCAAUGUGUCAAAUGGCAACGGGGUUGUUCCCAAUGGCACUGUUUACCCAAACAAUGGCCAACAGCACACGGCUAUGGAUGUUUACGUCGGGGAUACAGUAAUGACAGAUGUUAACGAUUGUGACAUGCCUGUUUUAGAGCCAGUCGACACCAGACUACCCGUAUCUCCGUCGGAAACAGCAGAGAACAACUUUUCUGGAGGUUCCCCUAGUAAACGGGGCAGAGGGCGGCCAAAGAAAGUAACUACUGUAGAACCCACAUCCCUCAAUAACAACCCAGCGAAAGAAAUUGAAGUAUUUUCAUUUUCAUGUGGAAUAUGCGGGAAGGUCUUCACAGAAGUCGAACUGUUCAGGAUUCACGAAGCGCAACACAGGGCAGAGGCCAACAGCCAUAACCAUGGGGUCAGUGAUGGGGUUGACAUGGAUGUCAGGGACGCUCCUACCUUGGUCGCACAGUCUCAUGGAGGCAUGAUGGAGAACGGUGUUCAAUCUCACAGCAACCCCGACAACAGUCGCAAGCGUGAGCGAGUGCGACGUCACGUUGGCUGUGACAUUUGUGGCAAGGUGUUCCGUGAUGUUUACCAUCUGAACCGACACAAACUCUCUCAUUCCGGCGAAAAGCCAUACGCAUGCCCCGUGUGUGGCCUGCGAUUCAAGCGGAAAGACAGAAUGUCAUACCAUGUUCGGUCUCACGAUGGUUCUGUUGGUAAACCAUACGUCUGCCAGAGCUGCGGGAAAGGUUUCUCAAGGCCAGACCAUCUGAACGGACACAUCAAGCAGGUGCACACCACAGAGCGACCCCACAAGUGCCAGAUCUGUAAUGCCUCGUUUGCCACGCGGGACCGUCUGCGCUCUCACCUGGCCUGCCACGAGGACAAGAUCCCCUGCCAGGUGUGCGGCAAGUACCUGCGCGCCGCCUACAUGACCGACCACCUGAAGAAACACAGCGAGGGCCCACACAACUUCUGCUCCAUCUGCAACAAAGGUUUCUCCACCGCCUCGUACCUUAAGGUGCACAUUAAAACUCACCACGGCUCGGUCGGCUCCGGCCCUGGCAUUGGCACCGGCACUGGCCCCCCGGCUGCUGGGCCCAACCCUGCGCCACCGCACGCCUUCUCUGAGCCCCGCUCUGAGCUGCCCACCCUCCACGGCGGCACGCUGCCCCCCUACCACACGGGACGCCAGUGCGCAGUGGAAGACCUUUACAGCAGUCGCCGGCUGCUGGUUACCUUCUCCGAGCCGGAGAGCGGGUGCUGGCGCGGGCUCGCCGGACCCCCCAUGCUCCCCCAGCCUGCCGCUCCCCCUACCCUGAGUCUUCAGCCCACCGAGCUUUUUCUGGGCAAGCCCAGCGGGGCUCCCUAUUGCUGGGAGUGCCGCCCCACCGGGGGUCCAGGCUUCCCGGGCCUCCACGGGCCAGUGGCAGACGGACAGGAGAACGUCGGCAAGUGUCCCCACCAGGACUCUGACGGCUCGGACACGUCCUUCUGCGAGCUGUCCAACGGUACGGAGCUCAAGUCCCCAGACAAGGUGGACGGAGAUGGCGCUGGCCUCAACUGCAACGGGGCGGACGCCCCAACCCCGGGGACGCCCGGCUCUGUGGCAGGUGCAGGCACCGGAACGGGCACGGGCUCAGGCACGGACACGAGCCCCAAAGCCAAAGCUGCAUCAGCGGCGGCUGCGACGGUGGACACGGAAAAGAAGCACCACUGCAUGGAGUGUGGCCAGGCUUUCCGCACCAAGUCCUACCUCAACAAGCACCUGAACCGGGUCCACGGGAUGGUGGGGAUGGGCAAGGGAGGAGGCGUGGGGGGCGCGGCGUCACUGCUGGGGGACAUCUCCUCCCCGACCCUCGGCUCGCCCUUCUCCCCGCAGCAGAACAUGUCCCUGCUCGAGUCCUUCGGCUUCCAGAUCGUACAGUCAGCCUUUGCGUCCUCCCUGGUCGACUCUGAAGCCGGCGGUGAUGACCUGAGCGAGGCUAAGUGAGCCUUAGCUGGGUGGACAACUGCAGAUGAGAACACUAGAUGCUGUGUUGUUGACCACUUUUGUAUUGGAACGAAUGGCCCAAGUCGGAACGGCGCCUAUGUAUAACGCUGCCGUGCAUCAGUGGCCAGGCGAUAUGCACGUUAUCCCGUGGGUUGCGCUAACAUCUAUGAAAACUUUAGGAUACCGGACCAAGAUGGCGCUGCCCGGGAUUGGGCCACGCCAAAAGGCUAAACAUGGCAUCUAGUGUUCAUGGGUGCAUUCUAAUAUGCGGACUCCCGUCCUCCCUUGCUCCCUUGCAUGCUUGUGGCCUUGCGAUGACGUCACUGACGACAGACGUGUAUAUUUCACUAUCUGGCAAAAGCGCAAUUAUAAUGUCAUUUUCUCAUUUGCA